UGAAAAAGGAAAAUUAUUGUGUUUGAAGAUGUGAAUGCGGGCUAUGGGUUUUGAACCCAUGCGCAGUAAAAUGCAAAUGAUCCUAAGGCUUUCCCUUAACCUCUCAAGCAAAUUAACAAUUGCUCUCAAAUUGUGUUUAUUAUAUUCUACACUUAAAAAAGUCGUUUCCGCUAACAAAAUGGGUACUAGAGUUGAAUGCUACAUUAACCAUUCCUUUUAGAACCGAUAAAAUGGACUUAGCUUACCGCACUAGCUAGUUCAUCAUUCUACAAAAAUGACGGGGCAGACUUUGUUUUUUAUGGCUCACAAAAUUAGCAAGCCAAUGAGGACCCACCUAGUAUGUGUAUGCUACUAAUAUUAGUGUGUGUGCACAUAAUUUUAUAUAUAUAUAUAUAGAAUCAUAUUCAAAUGUGAACUUGAUUUAAGAUGGGAACUUAGGGACUAAUCUGGACCCUUUAUUUAUAUGGGUUUACGGUUGCGAUUUUUGAUUGGUUUUAUUUUCUUAAUUAGUUUAGGCUUAUUAAGUUUAUGCGUGGAAGGUUAGUUUAGUCUUUUUCUUCUAUUUUGUAAACCGAUAAGUUAGGGCUUUUGAAUUCAAAAUGUAUUCGAUUUCUAUUCGUGCACUAGUUUUAUUUAUUGCUUUUGUAUUCUAGAUGUAUUUGUAUUUCCAUUCGUGCACUGCCCACAGGUCAGUUUGCCGAAUACACCUCUUUGCUGAGUGCAUCUCCUCCGUGAAUUGCGUUAUUGACUGAGCUAUGGCCUUUGCAUCUUCUACCAUUCGGUCGAAGAGGUCGGCGACUAGACCUCCUAGCGAACAACUGGCGCUCCUCCAAGGCGGUGGGCGAGGGGGAGUCCCGGACUCUGGUGUUCGACAGUCAAAGAGGCUCUUGUCUUGCCACGACUCCGAUCAGCUGGUCGGUUAUUCUGGUGGAGGGUCGAUGGCUCUCCGUGCGUGUACGCUGUCGAAUAGGGUGGCUUCAGGUCGGCCUACUUUAGAACCAGACCAGCCGGUGGGUAGCACUGAUAGUACCUCAUCGGAUGAUGACUUCCAAACGGCGCCUCGUGGGUUUGUGGAGGCAGAUCGUAGGGGCACUGGGGUGGAUGUAGGAAUGGCCAAAGACGGAAGGGCACCAGUGGGGGUUUUCAAAGAGUUCUUCACGAUUAAGACUCGGUGUAGGCCUAAACCACUUGUGUGUGCUAUAAAAGACUUCAAUUCACGUCAAUGUGAAGCGGUUAGGGAGAUUGGAUUUGGGGGUGUCCAACAACCAUGUGUAUGAAUCUAUGUCUUCCUUUGUGAGCAAUCCUGCAGCAAAUGUGACGCAUCUUUUGUGAUUGUCAA